UUGCGCCAGCGGGAAACAUAUAAACAUGGCGCUCCACCACAAAGACAUCGGAGCCAUUCAGCGUGCUGUAAUCAUCGGUUCAGCCAUUUAUUGCUGCCUGGUGACUGCUGGGACUGCUUUUGGCUUCAGCGCUUUGAUGCCGUCCUUAUUGAAAGUUGGAGCGUUUGCCAAAGUCUGUCAACCUGGCAUAAGAUCAUGCAAUGAGCAGAUCGCUCGCUUGACAGGAAUGUUCACUCUUGCGUCUUCUUUGCUCAAUAUUUUUACGCUUCCAUCCGGCGCGAUGCUGGAUGCAUUGGGCCCCAGAGCCACAGCGGCAGUCUUUGGCGGCUUGGCGACAUUUGGCUGUUGGAUUUAUUCUCUUGGACCCGAGAAUGACACCAACUAUACAGUUGGUUUUAUCUUGAUGUCACUGAGCGGACCUUACAUUUUCAAUUGCACGAUGAGUUUUGGAAACUUCUUCCCUGCGCAUGCAGGUCUUAUCACUGCCUGUUUGGUGGGAAGUUUUGAUGCAUCCUCUGGUGAUUUUGCUAUCUUAGCGUCGAUGAUUGACACCGGCUUGUCUUUUGGAACAGCCUUCCGGCUUUUAGCGCUGAUGACAGCCACUUGUUGGCUCACAACCUUUGCGUGGCCUGAUUCGCCGGUCGAGUCGGCCAAGGAAAGUGAGCGGCGGGAACUUGUGAAGCGCGACGUUUGGGAAAUUUGCAGAAGUGCUGAGUUCUGGCUGCUGGUCUACACAGCUUCUAUCUCAAUGAUCUCUCUGAACUUCUUCAUUGCAACUGCAUACCCACAAUUGCUUUCUGGAGGACUUUCAGGGGAGGAUGCUGACACUCUGAACUCGGACUUUGCCUGGCUUUUGCCCGCAGGUGGAAUCGUUUUUGCGCCUCUGAUUGGCACUAUCGUUGACAGGCUGGGUGUUGCAAUGGGCUAUAUUAUCCUGCAGUGUACCUACGGAGCCUUCACUUUUUUGCUCAUGGUCUAUUCCACUAUCGGAACCAGCUAUUCCUUUCCAAGAGCUGCCUUUGUGUGUUUUGCUUUCUGCCGGCCCCUUUUCUAUACCUUGAAUCCGGUGUUUUGUGGUCGACAUUUUGGGCAGUCCAACUUUGGAUCAAGCUUUGGCUUGACUUUGACCAUUGCUGGCUUCUGCAAUCUACUGGUACAGCCUUUGGCGUCUUUGGCGAAUACUCGUGGGUUUCCUUUGAUCAACAGUAUCCUGGGCUUGCUCCAAUUCUCAACGAUCCUUUUUCCGAUUUGGCUUAUGAAACGAACGGAGACGAAGCACGGUGAUACGCUUCCUUACUCAAGCGCAUAGUCUGAUUCUCUAAACCAAAUGACGCCUGAAGAAUAAACUAGUUGAAUAACAAUCAAUCUACAUUUAUGGAGAAAUUAUUCUGAACUGAACAUUGG